AUGCAGAGGCUGAAGCGUUCCUUAUCCCUCCAGACGCUGCUGCGGAGCAAGAGCUUGGAGAGCCUCUUCCCGCGGCGGGGGGCGGGGGUGCAGGGCCCGGGACCCCCCCCAGUGCCCCCUCGCACCCACGGCUUCCAGCAGCACAGCUUCAAGAAGCGGAGUCCCUGCGAGCUCUGCCGCCAGCUGAUCGCGGGCAACUCGUGGCAGGGGCUGCGGUGCAAGGCGUGCAAGGCUGGGGGGCACCUCUGGUGCUCCCUGGGCAUCUCCCACCGGCAGUGCCCUGGCAAAACGGUUGCCUCUUUCCGCCGCAAUUUCAGCUCCCCCCUGCUGCUGCCAGGGCAGGGGGGCGCUGGGCAGGGUGAGCCCCCCCAAGCCCCUGUGGAUCCUGUGUACGAGGCACUGCGGGUUGGCACCUCCCUGGCACACGGCAGCAGCCCCCCAGAGCUGCCCCCCAGCUUCCAGCGUGCCCGCGGUGCCCCCCGCCGGGCCCCGGCUGCGAUAUUCUCCUAGGUGGCUCUCUACAAGUUCGUGCCCCGGGAGCAGCAGGACCUGGCCCUGCAGCCUGGGGACAGGGUGACGCUGGUGGACGACUCCAACGAGGACUGGUGGAAGGGCAAGGUGGGCGACCGCCUGGGCUUCUCCCCUGCCAACCCUGUGCAGAGGAUCCCUGGGGAGAGCGUCUGGAGGAGCUGCCAGGCAGUGCCCGGGGACUGGCAGCAGGGCAGGAUGAGCCUCAGGGAGAACCAGAGCAGCGUUGGCAUGGGCAGGACCCAGGGCCUCCUGCGGGUGACCAGUGGCAAGAAGCGAGGGCUGGUGCCCGCCGAGGCUCUCACCCAGAUCUGA